GAGUUCAAUUUGAAUCAUUUCCCCAGACAAAGUGCAGUACCUUAGUAGGCUACUACAAUACACCCAUUGACGCUAUGAUAAGAUGACUACACAUAUCUCAAAAAGAGAAUUCAAUUAAGGGUUGUUGUUUAGAUGGUGUAUAAUGUUCAAUACUGAUGGUUGAGGAGGGAGUGGUGGUUUAGAAGGGGCUUUGAUGACAUUGACGCCACUUCCUGUCUUUAAAAGUCAGGCCGACAGAGAGACAGCAGUAACCAGGGCUUAAGUGAUGGAGAUGUUACUGCACUGGUGUCUGCUGUCGAUCGGUUUCUCUCUCAGCACAUCAACCACAGAAACAGAAGCCAUUCUCUGGGUGAAGACAGGGGAGAAGUUUACCAUGAAGUGCUCCACCACUCUAAAAGACCAGGAUGGAAUGUACCUGUAUGUUGGGCUGGACAGGGACAGGGAGGUGUUGUAUUACCACCAGCAUGACUCCAAGUUGACCACCAGGAUAGGCUACUGGAACAGAGUGAAGACUGAGGGACCUGUGGACCAACUGACCAUCACCGUCAGUAACCUGACCAUAGAGGACACAGGAGUCUACUGGUGUGUUUACACAAAUGUCAACAAAUCCACAUUCAAUAAUUGUAUCAUCCAAGGCAAAGGCUCCACUCUGGUGGUGGUGAAUGACGAUGUCUUACAGCUGCCAUGUCCUACAGCUACUGCAGUAACACUGGCCCCCUUUCACCCAGCCAAUGAGAAGCCGUGCCCAUCUGGCGUGGUAAACAUCAUCACCAUCACCUGCCUCUUGACCAUCCUGAUGUGUGCUGUCAUCUUCCUCAUCUGGCUCCCUCCACAGGUGAAGAGGUGCCGUAACCAGGGAGGAUCCACACCCCAGGUCAUUCCUGUGAGUGUCUAUGAAGACAUGGCCAGGAAUCACACUUGUCCACCUGACACACAGGUAGAAUCGAACCUCUAUUCUGUGUCUUCCAAAGGAGGAAGUAGGACCACUGAGUAGCUUCUUCAAAUGCUUUUUCUGAAUAUUGCUUCUUUGCUUUCUCAGGAUUGAAACGCCUGUUCUGCUGUAUUUCACAGUUCUAACCUCAAUGCAAGUCUUAGUGGUAAAUUGUUUGUGUGUGUCGCACCAUAACAUGCUUAUGUGUGUGAAUAAAAUCUCUAUAUGGAAAGUAUUCGUAUUUCAACAGAAGACCAGCGGGAAGGAGGGAACAGCCAAUGUUAUAUUCCAGGGCUAUUGAACUAUAUUCUUACGAGGGCCAGAUGUAAAAAAGGUUCAUUUCAGGGGGGGGGGCGGACAUUUUCCACAUGCGACGCACACACACCAAUAAAGCACUUUUCUUCUAAUGAAAUGUUGCUAAUAGUAGUUAGGGAAGAAGUGAAAAGUGCUCGAUCAAUGUGAGUUGAGGUGCAACCAAACAAUGUGCUCCUCGUUGAAAAGGAAAAGGCUCAAUGCUUGCUCACCAUUUUAACGAUUAAAAGUUUGUUAAGACUUGUAUUAUAUUUCAUCACAGGUACAAAUAUUUUAGCUGCCUAAACUUCAUCAGGUACAUCAGGAUAUAAGCCAUUUUUACAUUUUUAAAGCUUUCUAUCUAAAUAAAUCAAAGACAAGUUCAGACAGGAAACCAGGGUAUUUGUAUCAGCUGAUCUUGAACCAAUUAGAUUCACUCUACCAUAAUAUGGCGGUCUAUUUCAUCAACCAGGUAAUGCACACUCCAUGAUUCCAUGAUAGCUGCUGCGUGCAAGCUAUACACUGAUGUUCUUGGUGACAUGCUAUUCUGUAACAUGCGGUACUCGCCCUGCAUGUCUGCUUUCUGAUCACCCACCCCAGACUCCACCUGUUUGGGCACUGCUUUUGUUCCAGUCAGGGGGAUUGGUAUAGCAUACCUUUUUCACUCUUUAUUAUUGUUACUAUUAUGUUAUCAUUAUGCAUGCUCUGACAGUGAGCCACCCCAAAGGAGCAGAGCCUAACGCCAAGAGUAACAUAUUGAAUGCAUUUUAAUAUUUUCAAAUAAACGUCCAAUUUAUAUGUCAAUAUCCAUG